AUGGGUCUCCACAUGCAUAUCCCUAAAUUUAUCAAAAAGACAUUUGCUCACAAGCAAACCCAAGACGAAGAUGACAAAUUUACACCUGCUAAUUCAGUCUACAGCUACUAUACAUCUCCUGCACCAUCUAUUGUCAGCAGUGCUUUCAGUCGUGAUCCCAUGCGCUGCGGUUCUCAUCCAGAUAUCGUUGGCUACUACUAUGAUCCCAUGGGCUGUAGAUACAGUAAUAAUCAUGGCAUUGACACUACCAACACUGGUGCCUAA